AGCCUCGCGCUACACCAGUCCCAGAUAUAACAGAAACGAUGAUUCAGUUGCACUGCCCAUCCAAGACCUGGAUUUCCACACCACCCCCUUCAAGAUUCUAUCAGAUUUCUCCUUAUACGAGAAAGUCACUGCCAUGCCCCUGCUUGUGCAAUCCUUAUUCAGCUUUACGGAGGACUCAUUCAUCAGUAACAAAAAACGGGAUGACCAAUAUCAAUUAUCAGAAGAAGUGUAGGAAGCUGGACUGCUUUCUGACUACAAAUGCUUUGGGGUAUUUCAAUUCUUUUCUGAGGACAAUGCAUCCGAGUAGUAACUCUCAGAUGUGUUCCAAAAAGCACACACAGGGUUUCCUAGAAAGACAUACUGUAGCAGCAUUGCCAUCAUAUUUCACCAGUAGAUUGAUACAUCUAGUUUCCGUGAAUAUGAAGACAACUCUAUUGCAUGGACUUUUCAUCUAUGCGAUUCAAGCAUUUGGUGCACAGAGUUUGCCUUUUGCUUGCAUGUCUAAUAACUUGAGCAAACCAACACCACUUGGACUGGAUGUGGUCUUGCCUUCACUAAAGGAUAUCAACUGGAGUUUUGCACGAAUUAUAUAUUUGUUCAACAUUCAACUUGAGAAAAAUGUUGCCAUGUUUUUUAUCGUGCUCCUUGUCUCGUGUUUCAUUUUUGUUCUGAUUGGUGGCUUCCUCUUCUUUAAGUUCAGGAAGGAUACACAUUCUCUUGAGGACUGCUUUUGGGAGGCUUGGGCAUGCCUGUGUUCAUCAUCUACUCAUCUCAAACAAAGAACACGGAUUGAACGUGUGAUUGGCUUUGUGCUUGCGGUAUGGGGCAUUUUGUUCUAUUCUCGCCUUCUAAGCACAAUGACGGAACAAUUCAGGGAUAACAUGCAAAAACUUAGAGAGGGAGCACAGAUGCAAGUUUUGGAAACCGAUCAUAUUGUUGUUUGUGGAGUUAAUAGUCGCCUAGCGUUCAUACUAAAACAGCUAAAUAAUUAUCAUGAAUUCUCUGUUCGCUUAGGUACUGCCACAGCUAGACGACAGCGAAUCCUUCUCUUAUCUGAUCUCCCAAGACGGCAGAUAGACAAAAUUGCUGACAGCAUGGCAAAAGAUCUCAAUCAUAUUGACAUUCUUACAAAGAGUUGCAGUCUAAGUUUGACAAGAUCUUUUGAAAGAGCUGCGGCAAAUAAAGCGCGUGCAAUUGUUAUAUUGCCAACAAAAGGAGAUCGGUACGAAAUUGAUACUGAUGCUUUUCUGUCAGUACUAGCCCUCCAACCUCUUCAAGAAAUGGCCUCUGUGCCCACUGUAGUUGAGGUCUCAAGUUCCAAUACUUGUGAACUUUUAAAGUCUAUUUCUGGAUUGAAAGUACAUCCUGUGCAAAAUGUUACAUCCAAGUUAUUUGUUCAGUGCUCUAGGCAGAAGGGUCUCGUAAAAAUAUACAGACAUUUGCUUAACUAUCGAAAAAAUGUGUUUAAUCUCCGCAGCUUUCCUGACCUGGCUGGAUUAAGAUAUAAGCAAUUGAGACGUGGUUUUCAAGGGGUUGUUGUCUGUGGUCUCUAUCGAGGAGGGAAGAUAUAUUUCCACCCAAAUGAUGAUGAAAUUUUAGAAGAAAAUGAUAAAGUUCUGUUUAUUGCGCACUUACAAGGGAAAAAACUUCCACGGCUUGAUGAUUCUAAUGGUACAGAAGAGUGCGAAGAUGUUAAAGAUGGUAUUGAAAAUGUGAAAGAUGGUAGAUUAUCAGGUCAUAUUCAGGACAUUAGAAAAGCACGCCUUGAGAAUAUUGUCAAGCGAACAAGAUUUAGAUCUAAGGCAUCAGACUGGUCUUUGGGACCAAAAGAGUGUAUUCUUGUUCUUGGGUGGCGCCCAGAUGUUGUGCAAAUGAUUGAAGAAUAUGACAAUUAUCUGGGACCUAGUAGUGUUUUGGAAGUCUUGUCAAAUGUUCCCUCGGAGGACAGAAUUAACGCAAGCAGACUUGCUGGUCAUGGAAAGCUGAGGAACGUGAGAGUUUCUCACAGGAUUGGAAAUCCAGUGGACUACGACACCUUGAGGGACACAAUUGUCCACAUUCAAAAAUCAUUAAAGAAAGAUGAAGAUAUUACAUUCUCCAUUGUUGUCAUACCUGAUCGAGAAUGGCUCCUUGGAGAUCCAUCCAAGGCAGACAAGCAAUCUGCGUAUUCUCUUCUCCUUGCUGAAAACAUUUGCAAUAAGCUUGGGGUGAAGGUUCAAAACCUAGUUGCAGAAAUUGUUGAUUCCAAGUUUGGGAAACAAAUUACAAGAAUCCGGCCUUCUUUAACUUACAUUGCAGCAGAGGAAGUCAUGAGCCUCGUGACUGCACAAGUUGCAGAAAACUAUGAAUUGAAUGAAGUCUGGAAAGACAUUCUGGAUGCAGAGGGGGAUGAAAUAUAUGUUAAGGAUAUCAGCCUGUACAUGAAGGAAGGGGAGAAUCCUUCCUUUGCGGAGCUCUCUGAAAGAGCAUAUUUGCGAAGAGAAGUUGCCAUUGGUUAUGUGAAGAGAAACAAAAAUGUUCUCAACCCAAAUCCCAAGUCAGAGCCUCUUUCUCUUCAACCUGGUGAUUCCCUGAUAGUUAUCUCUGAGCUAGAAGGAGAACAGCCUGUGGUCAUUGAACCUGCAGAGUCUUGAAGUUUGGUAGUUUAUAUAAAUUGCAUCUGGAAAAGCCGCAGGGACUGUUGUUCCGUGGAAUGGGAGAAGGGCAGCAAUGGUGGAAGAGGAGAGGAUUACGACAUCAGAGGGCGUCGAACCCAUAUUAAGCUUCGAACAGAUGGGCAUUCGAGACGAGGUUCUAAGAGGGAUGUAUGCAUACGGCUUUGAAAAGCCGUCAGCAAUACAGCAGAGGGCCAUUCUGCCCGUACUCUCUGGGCGUGACGUAAUAGCACAGGCUCAAUCGGGUACAGGGAAAACCUCCAUGAUAGCUCUGACUGUCUGCCAAUUGGUUGACACCAAAUCAAAGGAGGUUCAAGUAUUGAUACUUUCACCUACAAGGGAGCUUGCAUCACAAACCGAGAAGGUGAUAUUAGCUAUGGGUGAUCACAUAAACAUUCAGGUACAUGCAUGUGUUGGAGGCAAAAGUGUAGGUGAGGACAUUAGGAAAUUAAAGCAUGGUGUACAUGUUGUUUCCGGAACUCCUGGAAGAGUAUGUGACAUGAUCAAAAGAAGAACUUUACGGACUAGAGCAAUAAAUCUUUUGAUUUUGGAUGAAUCUGAUGAAAUGUUGAGCCGCGGUUUCAAGGAUCAGAUUCAUGAUGUUUAUAGAUAUCUUCCGCAAAAGCCUCAGGUUGUAUUGAUUUCUGCCACGCUUCCAAAUGAUAUUCUUGAGAUAACAAGCAAAUUUAUGACAGAUCCUGUUCGUAUACUCGUAAAACGUGAUGAGUUGACACUAGAGGGUAUCAAACAGUUUUUUGUUGCUGUUGAGAAAGAAGAGUGGAAAUUUGAUACAUUGUGUGAUCUUUAUGAUACACUGACCAUCACCCAAGCUGUAAUUUUUUGCAACACAAAACGGAAGGUGGAUUGGUUGACCAGCAAGAUGCGUGAGAAUAAUUUCACAGUGUCUUCUAUGCAUGGAGAUAUGCCUCAAAAAGAACGGGAUGCUAUAAUGGCAGAGUUUAGGUCAGGCACAAAUCGAGUCCUCAUUACAACCGACGUUUGGGCUAGAGGGCUGGAUGUUCAACAGGUUUCCUUGGUUAUUAACUAUGACGUUCCAAACAAUCGAGAACUCUACAUCCACCGCAUUGGUCGUUCUGGUCGUUUUGGUCGCAAGGGUGUUGCGAUAAAUUUUGUAAAAACGGAUGAUAUCAAAAUUCUAAGAGAUAUGGAGCAAUAUUACAGUACACAAAUCGAUGAAAUGCCGAUGAAUGUUGCUGAUCUGAUCUGACUCCCACCUCCCCGCGUUUGAUUGGUUUAUAAUUUUAUAUUAUGUACAACCUUAGUUGCUUGUUUUUUUUUUACGGUAGUUGCUUGUUAGGAUUUUGUUAUUACGAUUUAUUUUUAAAAACAAAGUUUAAAGUCUUUAUGAGUAUAUGCCUCAAAGUCUUUAGGUUUAUUUUUAAAGACAAAGUUUUUGAUUGGUUUCUAUUUUGUACAACCUUAGUUGCUUGUUGUUGGG